AUGGAGCACUGUUCACUUUCAACGGUCGCACGGUCGAGGGUCAAGUAUAUCCCUUCCGACUGUUGCUCUCCCUUCCGCCGUCGCUCUCCCUUCCGCCCGUCGCCCUUCUUUCCCCCUCGUCGCCCUGCCUUCCGUCCGUCGCCCACCCUUGUUCCCGUCGCCCUCCCUUCCCGUCGCCCUCCCUUCCCGUCGCCCGCGCUUCUUCCCGUCGCCCUCCCUUCCCGUCGCCUUCCCUUCCCGUCGCCCGCGCUUCUUCCCGUCGACCUCCCUUCCCGUCGCCCUCCCUUCCCGUCGCCCUCCCUUCCCGUCGCCCUCCCUUCCCGUCGCCCUCCCUUCCCGUCGCCCUCCCUUCCCGUCGCCCUCGCUUUCCCCGUCGCCCUGCCAUCCACUCCCCGUCGCCCUCGCCUUCCCUCCCGUCUCCCUUCCCAUCUCGCACACUUGUCACCCUCCCUUUUCUCUCCCUACUCCCUCUUUUCCCUCCCUCCAAUAAUCGCCUUCCUUCCCCCAACUUAUACCCCUUCCCUGCUUCCCCCCAUCCCCUGCCCUGCUUCCCCCCAUCCUCUUCAUUAUUUCCCCGUAUCCCCAGCCCUGCUUCCCCCCAUCCCCUUCCCUGCUUCCCCCCAUCCCCUUCCCUGCUUCCCCCCAUCUCCGUCCCUGCUUCCCCCCAUACCCCUCCCUGCUUCCCCCCAUCCCCCUCUCUGCUUCCCCCCAUCCCCCUCCCUGCUUCCCCCCAUCCCCCUCUCUGCUUCCCCCCAUACCCCUCCCUGCUUCCCCCCAUCCCCUUCCCUGUUCCCCCCCAUCCCCUUCCCUGCUUCCCCCCCAUCCCCCUCCCUGCUUCCCCCCAUCCCGUUCCCUGCUUCUCCCCAUCCCCUUCCUUGCUUCCCCCCAUCCCCCUCCCUGCUUUCCCCCAUCCCCUUCCCUGCUUCCCCCCACCCCCUUCCCUGCUUCCCCAUGUUCCCUUCCCUGCUUGCCCCCAUCCCCUUCCCUGCUCCCCAUGUCCCCUUCCGUGCUUUCCCCCAUCCCCCUCCCUGCUUCCCCCCAUCCCCUUCCGUGCUUUUCCCCCUCCCGUUUCCAUCGCUUUCCCCCUCCCGUCGCCCUCGCUCUCCCCCUCCCGUCGACCUCGCUUUCCCCCUGCUCACUCGCAUUCCCCCUGCUCACUCUCUUUCCCUCUGCUCACUCUCUUCCCCCUUUCUCACUCUGCCCCCCCUUCCUCACUCUGUUUCCCCCUGCUCACUCUCUCCUCCUCACUCUAUUCCCCCCUGCUCUAUUCCCCCUGCUCUGUUCCACCCUGCUCACUCUCUCCUCCUCACUCUAAUCCCCCCUGUUCUGUUCCCCCCUGCUCUAUUCCCCCCCGCUCUAUUCCCCCCUCCUCUAUUCCCCCCUGCUCUAUUCCCCCCUGCUCUAUUCCCCCCCUGCUCUAUUCCCCCCUGCUAUAUCCCCCCCUGCUCUAUUCCCCCUUGCUCUAUUCCCCCCUGCUAUAUUCCCCCCUGCUCUAUUCCCCCCUGCUCUGUUCCCCCCUGCUAUAUUCCCCCCUGCUCUAUUCCCCCCUGCUCUGUUCCCCCCUGCUCAAUACCCCCCUGCUCUUUUCCCCCCUGCUAUAUUCCCCCCUGCUCUAUUCCCCCCUGCUCUGUUCCCCCCUGCUCUAUUCCCCCCUGCUCAAUACCCCCCUGCUCUGUUCCCCCCUGCUGUAUUCACCCCUGCUCUAUUCCCCCCUGCUCUGUUCCCCCCUGCUCAAUACCCCCCUGCUCUAUUCCCCCCUCCUCUAUUCCCCCCUCCUCUAUUCCCCCCUGCUCUAUUCCCCCCUGCUCUAUUCCCCCCUGCUCUGUUCCCCCCUGCUCUAUUCCCCCCUCCUCUAUUCCCCCCUGCUCUAUUCCCCCCUGCUCUCUCCCCCCUUGCUCUCUCUCUUCUCACCUCCUCACUCCGUUUCCCCCUUGCUCACUCGGUUUUCCCAUUGCUCAUUCUCUUUCCCCCUGCUCACUCUCUUUCCCCGUUGCUCAUUCUCUUCCCCGCUGCUCAUUCUCUUUCCCCUUGCUCAUUCUGUUUCCCCCUGCUCAUUCUGUUCCCCCCCUGUUCACUCCCUUCCCCCAUGCCCACCCUCUUUCCCCCUACUCACUCCCUUUCCCCCCUUCUCACUCUCUCCCCCCCUCCUCACUCUCUUUCCCCCCUGCUCAAUGUCUCCCCUGCACUCUGUUUUUUCCUGCUCAUUCUGUACAGGUCCCCAGCACCAGGUGUAGGGAGGGACCCACAAGUCCUGCUUUUUUGCUGCUGUGUAUGCAAGUUGACGUUUGA